CUGUAUUACCAGACAGACCUAGAAACCUCACCGUCACUAACAUCACGUCUAGAAGUGCUGAAAUAUCUUGGCUGGAUCCAAAAAAUCGCGGAAUAUAUGGUCUUUCAAAUUUCUGGAUUGAGCUAAGGAAAAGAAACUCUUUAAUCUUUAAUAUUACCACAGGAAGGGUGAAUAAAUAUAAAAUAAAUAAUCUUACACCGUAUACUACAUAUGAAAUAUAUGUAGCUGCUGGAAAUUAUUAUGGUUUUGAUGAUGGAGCCAUUUCUCCGUUCUUAACUUCUGAAGAAGGUGAGUGUUCAAGAUGUGUGUUGUGUAAAACGUGCUCGAUUAAAAACUGUACAUUCACUGCAAGGCAAUAUUGUGCUAAAAAGUUUUUGAAAUUACCUUCAUUCUUCUUUAAAGUAGAUAAAAAUAAAAUCUUUGCGUUAUAUACAUUUUAGCUCCGAGCGGUCCUCCAUUGAACAUCGGAACGACAUCAAGAGGUACAUCGUCAUUGUAUCUCGCUUGGGAUCCCCCUGAGACAAGUAAACAAAAUGGCGUCAUUAUCAGUUAUAGAGCGUGUGUUUCGCAUUCAGAAAAUGGUCCUUGCUUUCAGACAUUCAUCACAGGUGAAAGGAAGUGGCUCGUUGGAAAUUUGAAUCCAUCAACAAAAUAUUAUGUUCGUGUUCGUGGAAGUACUAAAGUUGGUCAUGGAAACUUCAGUGAAAAUAAAGGAUAUUUUACGAAUGAAAGUAAGUACAGCAUGUAUAUAUUGAAAUGUUAUUUUUGUUUCUUGGGAAAAUUCUGCUCAGAAUUUCAUAUUCACCAUUUGGCACAUUCAUUUCGUUUUAGCAAACAUUGUUUGUUAGUAACGCACUACGUAGCAGCCAGUUGUGCACGCCCGCCCAUUUUCUCGCCCGCAAACCAGCUGCAACGCAGCCAAGAUAGACAGUAUUGCUACAAUUUAAAAACCAACACAAAGACCCAUAUAGAUUAACGAAUUUUACAUUUUGAUAUAUCCAUUUUCCUACAGGAGCGGUAGAGAAGGCUACAGGUGAAACAUCAAGAACACUUACGUUUUCAUUGGAAAUGCCAUCAAAAACAUUUGUGUAAGUUUAUUUGGCUCUCCAUAAUGGUCUUGGAUUUAAAUAUUUGGUAUAACAUGUAAUUUGGUCUAUAUGAAGAAGACAAAUUUUAAUUUAUAGGUAUUUCUACGUGGUGGCUUUGAAAUUAAAAGACGGCAAAGAGCCUGCAUCAUCCGACAGUUAUGAGAACAAUGAGUUAGUGACGUAUGCUGAGGCGGAAAACUCAACCAAACCGAAACCUUAUAUUGCUGCAGCAGCUAAAUUCGGCGAGAUUGAUGGGAAAAUUUUUAUACUUGGUGAUGGCAGAAAUACAAAUGAUUCAACUUUACGGAAACGUAGGUCAACGACGAAUGACUAUUUUAAUGGUCCGUUGGAGCCUGGAACUAGUUAUGGGAUAUUUCAAAGGAUUAUCAUCAAUGAAAAGGUAUGGCACAUUGGGGGCACUAAUAGUUCAUUGAAUAUACAGUGUUCUCAAAACUGGGACUAGAUAGUGCAUCUGCUUAAAUGAAGACAAUGGUGGCCUUAUUGAUGUAACUACCACAAAUUAACUCUUAGUGUCGCUGUCAUGCUAGAAGCUAAAGGCCCUGUCACACUAUUGCGUAUGAGAGAAACGUAUGAGAAGGGUAUGAAAAUUAAUGAAAUUUUCAUACGCACAAAAAUCCUUUGAAAUGCCAGCGGAUGAGUAACGUACAUCUGGCGUACCUCGAGCGUAUUCAGCGUGUGCCUAGAGCAUGCUUAUCAUAUAAAGCAUACGUCCGAUACGCACAAAGUUUUUGAACAUGCUUAAAAAAAGUUUUCUGCCUCGCCGUAUGCCAGCGUAUGCCACCGUAUGCGACGACCGUUCUUGAAACGUAUACAACCUAUGCCUAUAACGUACCCUUAGCGUAUGUCAACGUAUACCGGCGCCGCGUAUGAGUGAUAUUUUUCAUACGCUGGCAUACGCUAGUAUGAUACGCAAUAGUGUGACAGGGCCUUAAAGGCUAUUUUUGCUGCGAGUUUUUGUGCGAUAUGCUUCAUCUGAUGCAUGAGAACGAGCAAUUGAGUUUAGAAUAAGUAUGUAGAUCUCCGUGGUGUAUCUUCAUCUGAACAUCCAGAACUCGUUCACAGGUUCACAUCCAUCAGAAUCGCAGCAUAAACAACUGUAAACGGGUCUUAGAUGUAAGAGAAACAGAUAGGACCGGACAUUACCCUGUAUAUUUUGGUCAACAGACGAUGACAUCAUAUAUCUGUAUACCACUUAAUAAGCAAAUCAAUAUAUAAUCGCGUUCUUCACUAUAGGGUGAAUAUUAUUCCACAGACUGGAGUCCUUAUUCAAAAACGAUUGAAGAUACAGGUAUAUAUCUGCUAUAUCUUCUAUAUCUUGCUUUUUGAACAUCACAUAUUUUUAAUAUAGAACAUGAAUUUACUCGCUAGUCUGUUGGUGGUAAACGAAAUGUGUUUGGAUGUAGCUUGCGCCGUACACCCUUAGCAGAAACACGUUGAUUAUCAUAUAGUUAAACCACAAAUCAACGAGCGAAAACCAAUUGUAAAUUUUUUAAUAUACAUACGUGGUAAUUUUCUUAAUCGAUUCAAGUUUCAGCCACGGACGAAAUUGAUGAUGGUUCAGGAAAAUAUCUUACUGGCAUUAUAGUAUUAGCAAUUCUACUGGCCAUUUCAUUUGUCAUUAUCGCUUAUUUUAUCUAUCAAACUCGUCGACUCAAAUCAUCAAACGUUGAAGCAAACGCGGAGACCACUAAUGACGAAAAUAAUUCAAGACACAUUUAUGAUGUCCCUGUUAGUAAUUGCGAACACGUAGAAGAUGAACAGUCGACGUAUACAGCUCUCAAAAGGCCUGCUCCCGGAGAAGUAAAUGAUGACCAUUUAUAUGGUCAUCUAAACCAAGUACUUCGAAAUGUUUACACAAACCAGGGAGAAACUGGGAUUUAAUGCUUAUCACUGCCUUGUUAAAGGUCAUUGGUAGUAGAAAUUUACUUUGUCUCUUUUGAAAAAACUUUUAAACUAAUUUAAUACUAAAGAAGUUUAUCGACUUUAGAAAUAUUGGACUGAAAAUAGCUGAGCUAGCUAUCCACCAUCUUGGAUUAUUCAGAUAUGUACAGAUAUACGUUUCUCAAUCGACAAACAAACUUAAAAAGAAUUUUUAAUGCUAUAUCUGUAAAAUAAUGUCUGAAGUUCAGUAAGUUGAUUCUCCUUAUUACGUUUUCGUAGCUCUUUGCAUUGUGGUUAUAGUGGUAUCACUGAUAAAGAUCGCGCCCUCGAAUGAAAAUAUUGAAUAUUUUCGCAAAUAUUUUGCUUUUGGCUAUCGUGCACCUGACCCUAGCUUUUUUAAAAGUUCUUGCACGGGUCAGGACAGGAAAUAACCCAUCUUGAAUAUCAGUGAUACCGCUAUAACCACAAUGCAAAGUGCUACGAAAACGUAAUAAGGGGAAUCAUCUAUUGUAUAAAGCAUCAUUGAUAAUUGUAUUUUAAUUGACAAUUUUUACUAUUGGGGUGCCC